CCGCGGUGGCGCAGGUGGGCUGGCCGCCCGCUGGCGGGCCCGAGGCCGACCCCUGGGCGUCGAUGCAGGGCGCCGCCGCGCCACAGUUUGCGCUGCAGCGUUCGCCGCCCGCGCCAGCGCCUGCCGGCGGAGGGCCGUGGGCGUCGCUGCAGGGCGCGGCUGUGCCGCAGCCCGUGCCGCCGCAGCCGCCGCCAGCGGGGGCCGCUGGUGGCAAAGGUGGCCCGGCCGCCCUGCACGGCCCAGAGGCCGCCCGAGCGCUCGCGGCCGGGGCGCCCGCGCAGUGCCUGGCGGACCCCUUCUGCGAGCUGAGGACCUGGGACGGGGCCAGCUUCUGGCCCUACUGCACUGGGUGCAGCGCCUGGUCUGACAUGUCGCACUUGUCCUCCACGCGGCACCUCAAGCGGCUAGCCGGCGCCGGGCUUGGGCCCAUCAUCCCCGAGGCGGCGGCGGCGGCCCCAGCGCUGCCCACGAAGGCUGCCCCGCCGAUGGUUCCGUGGAUGACGCCGGUGCCCCAGCGACCGCCGGCGCCGGCGGCGCCCCACGAGCCGCGGCCCUGGUCGGCGCUGGGGGUGCAGCUGGCCCCCUCGCCUCCGCCGCCCACCGCCGAGGAGAUCUAUGACUGGAGCCUGCCAUGGGUCAGCUUCAGGUGGACGGAGGCGGAGUGGCUGAGCGACGAUCCCAAGUCUGAGGGCGCUGGCGCAGCAGAGGAGCUCGCGGAGACCCAUGAGGCCAUACAGCCUGGCGCCAGGUGACUCGGAGCCCCCACAAAACCGAGCAUCGCGCCACAGGACGGUAGGAGAUCGAGCCUGCGACCAGGACGUGUUUGGCAGAGUCUGCAGAGCUCCCCUCUUCUGGGUCUGACUCUCGAUCCCGAACACA